AUGGGGCGAAAUCUACAAUUUCGAAUGUGAGGAAUUUAUCGCAUAUAGUGGCGACAUCUACAAUCUCGAAUGUGAAGAAUUUUUCCACCAUCUUGUGCUUCCGCCCAACNGGUACUCAUCGUUCCGGCCAGGGUGCUUUCGGUAACAUGUGUCGUGGUGGUCGUAUGUUUGCCCCAACUAAGACUUUCCGUCGCUGGCACCGCAAGGUCAAUGUCAACCAGCGCCGUUACGCUAUUGUCUCGGCUAUUGCUGCAUCCGGAGUUCCAGCUCUUGUCCAAUCUAAGGGCCACAUCAUCGACGGUGUUUCGGAAUUCCCCUUAGUUGUGUCGGAUGAAGUACAGAAGCUACAAAAAACCAAGCAAGCCGUUGUAUUCUUGAGACGUAUGAAAAUCUGGGCAGACAUCCAAAAAGUAAGUCAAGUUAAAACAACUAAUGUGAAAGUGGCAGUAUUCCGUGCAAAUGCAAAUGUAGCUAGUUAGUUUGUGUUCG